CGUGUUCCCUGCAGGACGGCGUUCUGCUCGGGGCCGUGGGCGCCUACGACUGGAACGGCGCCGUGCUGAAAGAGACCAAACACGGGAAAGUGGUUCCACCAAAGUCCUCCUACAAGGACGAGUUUCCAGACGAGCUGAAGAACCACGGAGCAUAUCUGGGUUACUCGGUGGGCUCGCUCGUCUCGUCCCGCGGCUCUCAGCUCUACGUGGCCGGAGCGCCGAGGUUCAACCACACCGGGAAGGUCAUCGUGUUCACGCUGAAGAACAACGGGAACCUGACCAUCCUGCAGGCCCUGCUGGGAGAGCAGAUCGGCUCGUAUUUCGGCAGCGAGUUGUUAUCGAUGGACGUAGACGGAGACGGACAGACGGACGUUCUGCUCGUGGCAGCGCCGAUGUUCUGCAGCCAGGGCUGGGAGAGAGGGAGGGUCUACAUCUACAGUGUCACACCACAGACAUCGUUCAUCCUGCAGGGGGCGCUGGAGGCGUCCGACCGCUCUCAGAACUCCCGCCUCGGGUCGGCGAUGGCUCAGAUCCCCGACAUGAACGGGGACGGGUUCAGGGAGCUGGUGGUGGGAGCGCCGCUGGAGGACGACCACCAGGGGGCGGUCUACGUGUUUUACGGCCAGGACAAAACCAUCCAACACCAGUACAGACAGCGUCUGUCUGCAGCUGCUUUCUCUGCAGGUCUGCAGUAUUUCGGUCAAAGUCUUCACGGUGUUCUGGACGUCAAUGGAGACGGGCUCGUCGACCUCGCUGUGGGAGCGCUGGGUGCCGCCGUCAUCAUCUGGUCAGACCAUCACACACACACACACACACACACACACACACACACACACACUUGUUUUGUAUUCAUACUCGUGAUGAUUUGACUCGUGAUUGAUUGAUUUGAUUCAGACUGAAAUAUCGGAAAGAUUUCCUUUAUAUUUUAAAUAAAUGUUCGUGUUCCCCAGAAGAUGAAUCCUAAAGAUUUUAAAGAUUUUAGUGACUUUUCCUCUAGAGCCACCAUGAGGUCUACAUGUUUAUAUUAUAUAAUAUUUAGUGCACAUAUUAUAUUAUAUUUACUGCACAUGUUGUAUGUACAUGUGUCUACAUGAGGUCUACAUGUUUAUAUUAUAUUAU